GUCGUCUCCUCAGUUGCGACGCGAAUGUCAGAGCGUCUCGACGUCGACGACGCCGAAUUAAGCAAAGGCAUGUGCUUCCAAUAUUUGGCGCAAUUUGCGCUCAUCAUGUGAACCGGUGAAAUAAUGUGCACGUCCAAAGGCAUGGGCGGCGGCGGCGCCUGAAAUCGUCCUGAAAUCUGGCUUCCACAUUAUUCAGACGAACGCCGAGACCGAAUCCACAUAUGACAGAUGAUCUUUGCAGUGGAACUCCUAGCAGGAAGCGGCGGACACGUACCGAGAUGAUGCGUCUUCUCGGCAUGAGACUUGUAACAAGACUUCUGCUGCUUGUUUGCUCGCUCAGUCUAAUCAGCUUGUUGUUCCUGAGCAGGUGCGGACUGAGCGGGCUCGAAACGGGGGCUGUGGUGGAUGAGACGGAGGCACAGCCUGUUGUUUCAGGUUCGACUGUGAUAGCAAACCAAGUCGUAAGUCACACAGCCAACUCUGAUGGCCUCUCCUACCAGCAACUCCUCCAACAGCGUGAAGAAGAGAAUCGUCAAGAAGUGGAACGUUUAACAUCCGAAAUUCGUGCUUUAAAACUCCAACUUUUGCAGCUUACAAAUGGUAAUUCUCGCCCCUUCACCCUCAACGCUCCUCCCAACACCUCCACCACCCCAUUAUCAAACACCGACUGCGCCAACUUUAUCAAAAAACAGGCAAUGUCAGCGGAAAUCUUCCACGGCAUCCCCUUGAACAACGAAUACGAACUAAUACCAUUCAACCACUUCACCUACAGCAGAGUUUAUCCUCUAGAACUUGGCCUCGGCAAACGAGUUGUUGAAAAACCGAUCGGUUUCAAACGUAAAGACCUCCUCGAAAGCCUGAUGAAGGCCAUCGAAACGCUCAACAAAAACACCACCGACAAACUCAACAAAUACACACUUGACGACUUCCUGGAAGGCUUAUAUCGAACUGAACCCACAACUGGAACCCAAUACGAGCUCUAUUUCAAGACGCGAGGCCCCAAAAAGGGGGCCCAGGGCGGCUUCACCAAGGUCGUGGUGUUCCGGCCCUUCGCCCCCGUGCAGACGGUGGCCACCGAGGGGCUCAUGGGCCCCCGAGACAAGCCCCUCAUCCACAUCAUCCUGCCAUUGUCAGGCCGCACAACAACCUUCCAAAGCUUCAUGGACAAGUUUGUUAAAAUCGGACUGAAGAACGACAGACGUGUGCACUUGACUGUUGUCUAUUUUGGGGAAGAAGGCCUGUCUGAAGCUCGUUCGAUCAUGUCUCGUGUUUUAAUGACGAAAAACAGUGGCGGUAAUGCGAAUAAUUUGCGUCUGUUGGCGCUGAAUGAGACGUUUUCGAGGGGAAAGGGGCUGCGUGUGGGGGCGGAGCGCCUUUGGGGCGAUCGCAAGGACGUGUUGUUGUUCAUGUGUGAUGUGGAUGUGGUGUUCAGUGCCAGGUUUUUGGAUAGGUGUCGGUGGAAUACUAAAGCUGGGAGGAAGGUUUAUUAUCCGGUGGUGUUUAGUUUGUACAACCCCCAUGUGGUGUAUACAUUGCAAGGGAGGGAGGUGCCUCCGGAGAAUGAUCAGUUGGUGAUUUCGAGGGAUACGGGGUUUUGGAGGGAUUUCGGGUACGGGAUGACUUGUCAGUACAGGUCUGACUUUCUGAAGGUGCGAGGUUUCGACGAGGACAUAGUAGGCUGGGGUGGGGAGGACGUCAUGCUGUACCGGAAGUACGUCCGGAGCAACAUGAAAGUAAUCCGGGCAACGGAUCCCGGAAUUUUUCACAUAUGGCACCCCAAGGUGUGUACGGGGGGUUCCCAGAAGCUUUCCGCCGACCAGUACCGGGCUUGCAUCCGUUCGCGGGCCCUCAACGAGGCGUCCCACGCCCAGCUGGGCUUCCUGGCCUUCCGGGACGACAUUGCCGCCAACUCCAGCCCUGUAAAGUACCCCAGCAAGGCCCUUCCGAGUAGGACAAUCGCUUAAAAGGACACACACAGUGAUUCGAAAAAUUCAACAUUCCUGUUGUGUGACUGUAGAAAUUUGUUUGCCAAAAAAGCCACUUGAUGUGAUUGAAGCCGAAAAAUUCCAAGUGAUGAUGAUAUUUUGUUAUGUUUGUAAGACUGUUAUUGGCUACAUCGAAAUAGUUUUAAGUAGAUUUGGCCGUCAAAGGUAGACUAGUCCUAGUAUAAUACCUACCUGCAUUGAGUGAAAGAUGAAACCUUUUGUAUUUUUAAUUAAUUAAGGCACGAAAAUGGCGUCCCACGACAAAUUAUAUCAUUAGAGAUGUAUUUAUUGAGAUUGGUUGGGUUUUGGUGUAAGGCCGAAUUUUAAAAAUAAAUCAAUUUUGUUGUAA